AUGCCCCAGCUCGGCGGUGGCGGCGGCGCAGGAGGUGGCGGGGGAGGCGGCGGCUCGGGCGCCGGAGCGGCCGGCGGAGGAGACGACCUCGGGGCGAACGACGAGCUGAUCCCAUUCCAGGACGAGGGGGGCGAGGAGCAGGAACCGAGCAGCGACAGUGCCUCAGCGCAGCGGGACCUGGACGAGGUCAAGUCGUCCCUGGUCAACGAGUCAGAGAACCAGAGCAGCAGCUCCGACUCGGAGGCGGAGAGGCGCCCGCAGACCGCCCGGGACGCUUUCCAGAAGCCGCGGGACUAUUUCGCUGAAGUGAGAAGGCCCCAGGACGGCGCGUUCUUUAAGGGGCCUCCCUACCCUGGGUACCCCUUUCUGAUGAUCCCAGACCUCAGCAGCCCGUAUCUUCCCAACGGUCCCCUGUCUCCCGGAGGAGCGCGCACGUACCUGCAGAUGAAAUGGCCCCUUCUUGAUGUCCCCUCCAGCACCACAGUCAAGGACACGAGAUCCCCAUCCCCAGCACAUUUGUCUAAUAAAGUUCCUGUUGUGCAGCAUCCGCAUCACAUGCAUCCGUUGACACCCCUCAUCACCUACAGCAAUGACCACUUCUCCCCUGGCUCCCCUCCCACCCACCUCUCACCAGAAAUUGAUCCAAAGACAGGAAUCCCCAGGCCCCCUCACCCAUCUGAGCUGUCACCAUAUUACCCACUAUCACCCGGAGCUGUCGGACAAAUCCCCCAUCCCCUCGGCUGGCUCGUCCCACAGCAAGGACAGCCCAUGUACUCCCUGCCUCCUGGUGGCUUCCGGCACUCUUAUCCUGCCCUCGCCAUGAACGCUUCUAUGUCCAGCCUGGUUUCCAGUCGGUUCUCCCCUCACAUGGUGGCUCCGGCCCAUCCUGGUCUGCCCACCUCAGGGAUCCCCCACCCUGCCAUUGUCUCCCCCAUCGUCAAGCAGGAACCAGCGCCCCCCAGCCUGAGUCCAGCAGUGAGUGCGAAAUCACCAGUGACAGUGAAAAAGGAGGAAGAAAAGAAGCCCCAUGUGAAGAAGCCUCUGAAUGCCUUCAUGUUAUAUAUGAAGGAGAUGAGGGCCAAGGUGGUGGCUGAGUGCACCCUGAAGGAAAGUGCAGCCAUUAACCAAAUCCUGGGAAGAAAGUGGCACAACCUGUCUCGAGAAGAACAGGCCAAGUACUAUGAGCUGGCACGGAAGGAACGGCAGCUUCACUCCCAGCUCUACCCUACCUGGUCGGCCCGGGACAACUAUGGUAAGAAAAAGAAGAGGAAGAGAGAAAAACAGUUGUCGCAUACACAGUCGCAGCAACAAGUCCAAGAGGCAGAAGGUACUCUGGCUUCUAAGAGCAAGAAGCCAUGUGUUCAGUACCUGCCUCCUGAGAAGCCCUGUGACAGCCCUGCCUCCUCCCAUGGUAGCAUGCUGGAUUCCCCUGCUACCCCCUCUGCUGCCUUGGCCUCACCAGCUGCCCCUGCUGCAACCCACUCAGAGCAAGCUCAGCCUCUCUCCCUUACCACCAAGCCAGAAACCCGGGCCCAGCUGGCUCUCCACUCGGCUGCCUUCCUGUCAGCCAAGGCUACAGCCACCUCCUCUAGCCAGAUGGGCAGCCAGCCUCCCCUUCUCUCCCGGCCUCUCCCUCUUGGGUCCGUGCCCACAGCUCUGUUGACUUCUCCCCCUUCCUUCCCAGCCACGCUCCAUGCCCACCAGGCCCUCCCAGUGCUACAGGCCCAGCCUCUUUCCUUGGUCACCAAGUCUGCCCACUAG